GUGCAGUCCUCCUCCUCCCAGCUGAACUCCAGUGAUGUCUUCCUGCUGGUCUCCCCCUCUGGAUGCUGGGUGUGGGGGGGGGGAAGAAGCACCUUCACUGAGGAAAAGGGGGCGGAGCAACUGGCUGUGAUCAUGCAGGUUACCCCUGACCCUCUGAGGGAGGGGGGGGAGACAGAUGCAUUCUGGGAAGCGUUGGGGGGUCAGGAGGAAUACUGUUGCACCCCCCGCCUGAAGAACAAUAUGGAGGCUCACCCCCCCCGUCUGUUCGCCUGCUCCAACAAGACCGGAAACUACCAGAUGGAGGAGGUUCCAGGUGAGCUGACGCAGGAUGACCUCGCUCCUGAUGAUGUCAUGAUCUUGGAUACCUGGGACCAGGUGUUCGUGUGGAUCGGUAACGAGGCUCGUGAGGAGGAGAAGAUUGAGGCGGCGGAUUCAGCUGUGAAGUACCUGGACAGCGAUCCAGCUGACCGAGACCCUCGCACCCCCACUGUGACGCUGAAACAGGGAUUUGAACCGCCGACCUUCACCGGUUGGUUCCUGGGCUGGAACUACGAUUACUGGACCGAGUGACAUCACUUCCUGUUUACACCUGCUGUGAUCUGAUAAAUAAAACCUGGUACAUCACCAUGACAACAGUU